UUCAGCACAUAAGAAAGGGAGGGGAAAAAAAGGAGAGUGAAGAAUCAGGAGAGAGAAAAACAAUGGCGAACAAGGGGGGAGGAGGAGGAUCGGCGGUUCGUGCGGCGGAGAUGGAGAAGAUGAGCAUUGAACAACUGAAAAUGGUGAAAGAACAAUCAGAUCUUGAACUCAAUCUUCUUCAAGACAGUUUAACUAACAUUCGUACUGCUACUUCUCGUCUUGAACUUGCUUCUAUUGCACUUCACCACCUCUCUUCCCGCCCUCAAGGGAAGAAGAUGUUGGUGCCUUUAACUGCGUCGCUUUAUGUUCCUGGUACUCUUGAUGAUGCUGAUAAGGUUCUUAUUGAUGUUGGGACUGGUUACUUUGUUGAGAAAACAAUGGUUGAAGGCAAGGAGUAUUGUCAGCGCAAAAUCAGCCUGCUUAAAUCUAAUCACGAGCAGCUUGUUGAGGUACCACCAACGCUUGCAAGCAUUGUUAUGCAUAGUCUGAAGCGGCUGCAUUUACAUUUAUGCAUUCCUGUAGGUUUUGAUCUUUUCACUAUAGCUGAUUUCUUACAUGCUUCUCCCAUCCUUGAGGAAUUACAUAUAGAGAUGCAGUAUCGCUGUGAAUUCAAACGAAGCCCCAUAAGACAGUAUUCGGACCGCCUACAUUUCCAGUUGAAAAAAGUUACUAUUGAAAGAUAUAGUGAAAUGUGGAAAGAUAUGGAGUUUUUGAUAUAUUUGCUCAGAAAUUCCAUUACACUUGAGCAACUAGUCAUUGUGCCGGAAAAAACAUCUAAGUUGACGAAGGAGCUAAAUUUCAACUUGCUCCAAGGAGUACAUCCGACCGCGGAAGUCAUAAUAUCCCAUCAUAAGUAAUCCCCAUCUAUUCUGGAGUUGGAGGACAGGCCCCCCUCAUAAGUGGUUAGGGUUUGAUCCUCAUUCUUCCAUUUCUGUGAUAGGGUGGGGAAAUCCCCCAAUUUCUUACCGUAUAAAAAAAUUUAUUUUGAAGUUGCAAAUGUAUUGUGCCGUGUCGUGGCAGAAAAUAUUUCCAAGUGGAUAAGGGGGCCAAUUUCAACUUGCUCAAGAAAGUACGUCUGAUUGUGGGAGUCAUAAUAAUCCAUCUAAAGUAAUCUCUCAUUUCCCUUAGAGUUGCAAACAUGUAUUAUUGUAUUUGUCAUAUUGUGGUGUUACAUGAAAAGCUCUUGCCUCAUUCAAUACAUUUAUCAAUAAUUUUAUACACUACUGGUUUUUUUUUAAUUGGUUUUGUUAAGUCGUGCUAGCUUUGUAUUGAGAAUCUCUACAUUAAUCUAAUCUACUUAAAUAAUCACGUCAUGUUGUGUUUACCGUAUACUUAAUUGUGUUGUAAACCCGUUAUUUUUUAGU